AUGUCCAGUAAACAAGACCAAUCUACAACAUCAGCAAAGGAUCAAAAGAAGAAGGACGAAAUUGUAUUGGCUGCUCCCGAAUUAUCGGAAGAAGACCAACGAUUGAAGGACGAUCUUGAAGAAUUGGUUGGCAAAAUUUGUAAUUCCACUUCAUCGGUACAACGUACAAGCUUAGAAUCCCUCAAGGAUGAACUCAAAAAGAGUUUGACUUCUGCUGUUACGACCAUUCCCAAACCACUCAAAUUCCUUCGAGUACAUUAUGCUUCUCUGAAAGAAGCCUAUGAAAGAAAUACACCAAGAGAAAACAAGAUUCUCUUUGCCAACAUUCUCUCCGUGUUGGGAAUGAGUUUGUCUAAUGAAGGUGAACGUGAUUGCUUGAAAUACAUGUUGGAAGGAGAUGAUGAAGAAUUUGAUAAAUGGGGCCAUGAAUAUGUGAGAUCUCUUGCUGGAGAAAUUGGUCAGGAAUAUCAAGCAAGACUCUCUGAAAAGAUUCAAAUGCAAGAACGAAUUAUCAAAGAAACUGGAGAUGACAGCAUGGUCAUUGACACUGAAUUCAAACCAGAAGAGAUUAUGGAUAUUCUCACAUUGGUCAACAAAAUUGUUCCAUAUUUCAUGAAGUCUGCAUCAGAACCUGAGGCUUGUGACUUGUUGAUUGAGACUGAAAAGUUAUCCAAGAUUGUGGAUUAUUGUGAUGAGACCAACUAUGCUCGUGUAUGUCUCUAUUUAUCAAGUGUUUCCAAGUAUUUUAUUGAACCAGAAAACACUGAUACCCUCAAAAUUGUGUACAGUAUUUAUGAAAAGCUUAAAAAAUAUCCAGAUGCUCUCCGAAUUGCCAUGCAAUUGAAUGAUCCUGAAUUGAUCAAGGCGACCUUCUUUACAUGUGAUGAUGCACUCAUGAGGAAACAACUUGCAUUCAUGCUCAGUAGAGGAAACUUUAAAUUCUCCAUCAGUGAAGGAAAACCUAUGGAUGAAAAACACAAAUAUAUUGACAUUGAUGAUAACGAGGCACUUGAAUUAGAGGAUAUUAUGGGUAAUAGCAAGUUGAGUGAAUACUUUUUAUAUUUGGCCAAGCAAUUGGACUCACUCGAGCCAAAGACUCCUGAAGAUAUUUACAAGUCACACCUCACAGAGACACGAUCAACAUUGACACAAAAUGUCGAAUCUGCUCGUCAAAAUCUUGCCACAUCGUUUGUCAAUGCAUUCGCCAAUGCUGCAUUCAGUUCCGACAAGUUGAUGAAGUCAGAAGAAAAUUGGAUCUACAAGAAUAAGGAUCUCGGUAUGCUCAGUGCUGUGGCUUCUUUGGGUAUGAUUUACUUGUGGAAUCACGUUGAAGGUUUGAACGAAGUGAAUAAUUAUGUCGACAACAAUGAUAACAAUAUUAAGGCAGGAGCCUUGUUGGCAGCAGGUAUCAUGAACGCAGGUCUCAGAGUGCAGGACGAUGCUGCCUAUUGCCUCGCCCAAAGUUACAUUGAAGGAGCCUCCCGAGAGGUCCGAAUGGCCACAAUUUUAGGUCUUGGAAUUGCCUAUGCUGGAAGUGCCCAUAACGAUGUAUUUGAAUUGUUAAUGCCCAUCCUUGCCGAUGCUGAGCAACCAAUGGAAGUUGUUGCAUUCACUGCUUUGACUUUGGGUAUGAUCUUUGUUGGAACCUUGAAUGAAGAUGUGACCAAUUGCAUCAUUCAAGUCUAUUUGGAGAGAAGUGAAAAGGACUUGACUCAUCCAUUGGCCAAAUUCCUAGCAUUGGGUCUCGGUCUCUUAGGUUUGGGACAACAAGAAGCUGUCGAAACAGUGUGUACAACCAUGAUGACUGUUUGCAGCAAUACCAAGUUGGCAAGAUUUGCCACCCUCACCAUUGAAGUUUGUGCUUACUGUGGAACUGGUAACGUUUUAAAGAUUCAACAAUUGCUCAAGAUUUGCGGAGAACAUCCUGAAAAACCAUCAAAGAAGGAAGGUGAGGCAACACAAGCCAAUGGUGGAGGUAAAGGUAGCGGCAGCAGUACUCCAAGCAGCGGUGGUGGUGCUGGCACAUCUUCUUCACAACCAGCCUCUCAAGAAAAGAAGGAAGAAAAGACCGAGGAUGCUCUCAUGAACACUUAUUAUGGAGUUGCUGCUUUGGGUAUUUCUAUUAUUUGCAUGGGUGAGGAUUUAGGAGUUGAAAUGGCUGUGAGAUCGUUUGGUCACUUGCUUCAAUAUUCUGAAAUUGCAGUGAAAAGAGCAGUUCCUCUCGGAUUGGGCUUGUUGAGUGUCUCGAAUCCACAAAUGUCAACCAUGGACACUCUCAGCAAGUUGUCACACGACAAUGAUGUUGAAUUGUCACAAAACGCCAUCUUUGCCUUGGGUUUAAUUGGAGCAGGUACCAACAAUGCUCGUAUUGCUCAAUUACUCAGACAAUUAUCAUCAUACUAUGCCAAAGAACAAAAUCACUUGUUUGUAGUUCGAAUUGCACAAGGUUUACUCUCAGCUGGUAAGGGUCUCGUCACCAUGAACCCAUUCUAUUCUGAUCGUUCCAUCUUGUCCAGGUCACAAUUAUGUGGAUUGCUUGCUUUAUGUUUCACUGGACUUGACAUGAAGAGUACUGUUUUAGGCAAUUACCACUAUCUUUUAUAUACAGCUGCAACAGCCAUGUAUCCAAGAAUGCUCAUUCUAGUUGACGAGAAUUUGGAACCUGUUCCAGCCAAUGUUCGAGUAGGUCAAGCUGUGGAUGUGGUUGCCCAAGCUGGUAAGCCAAGAACGAUCACUGGAUUCCAAACUCACAAAUCACCAGUGGUGUUGCAAUAUGAGGAGAGAGCUGAACUUGCCUCAGAAGAAUAUUUACCAUUAAGCUCCACCAUGGAUCAUGUCAUUAUUGUCAAGAAGAAUCCUGAAUAUGAGGAAGAUAUUACAGACAAGAUGGAAAAGUAA